UGUAACAUCCCUAAUUCAUACACCACCAUAUGCAACCUUCCCAUUAACCCACUUAAUUAUUAGCUAAAAUCAUCUAAUUGCCAGCUUUUUUCCUUCUAUUGCUUCCAUCAGUUCAUGAAACGUCCCAGUGCACCAAAAGAUCAUCAUGGUCCCCAUCAUUUACAUAAACUUCAUAUAAAGAGACUAUCUUCUCACACUUUAAACCAGAAGAUUUUAUAGCAAAUAUGGCAAAAUAUGAAACAUAUCUGAGAGCCUCAGCUCUAUUGCUGGCCCCUCUCUUGAUGUGUCUCUUUGGAGUCACUGCUGAGGGUGAUUUCUUUGAAGAUAUUGACAUCACUUGGGGUGAACAUGGUGGUGUAAAUAUACUAGGAAGCAACUCUCUCGUGCUUUCUCUUGACCAGUCCUCUGGCUCUGGCUUUCGAUCCAACGCAAAAUAUCUAUAUGGUAGAAUAGACAUGCAGAUUAAACUUGUCUCUGGUAACUCAGCUGGCACAGUCACUGCAUAUUAUCUAUCUUCUGAAGGGCCAAACCAUGAUGAGAUUGAUUUUGAGUUCUUGGGAAAUCUCAGUGGAGAACCCUACAUAGUCCACACCAAUAUCUACACUCAAGGCAUAGGGAAUAGAGAACAACAGUUCUAUCUUUGGUUUGACCCCACAAAAUAUUUCCACACUUACACUAUUGUAUGGAACCCUCAGCGCAUCAUUUUCAUGGUAGAUAAUGUCCCUAUUAGAGUCUUCAACAACUAUGAAGCCAGGGGAGUUCCAUUUGCUAGCAGCCAGGCCAUGAGGCUAUACUCCAGUCUAUGGUGUGCAGAUCAAUGGGCAACAAGAGGAGGGCUUGUGAAAACCAAUUGGUCCUAUGCUCCCUUCAAAGCUUACUAUAGGAACUUUGAUGCUAAAGCAUGUGUGUGGUCCAAAGGAUCAUCUUCCUGUCCUUCAAGCCCACCUUCCAUGACUCAUAAUACUUGGCAAGCUCAAGAUUUGGAUGCUGAUGGUAGAAGAAGUCUGAGAUGGGUGCAAAAGUAUUACAUGAUUUAUAACUACUGCAAAGAUUACAAGAGAUUCCCUCAAGGUCGACCUCGUGAAUGCAGGCUUUCUAGAUUCUCUUGAGUGUGGAAUAAGUAAAUUUAAAAUUAAUUUGAUUUUUUUAAAUAAUUUGUGUGUAUUUAAAACUCCUCAAAUACGGUUGAAUUUGAGUAAGUUCAAUCUGAUUUUACUUUGCUUGCUUGAACGGAU